AUGAGAAAAAAUAUAAGAAACUGCGUCCGAUUCCAAGAGGAAAGAGAGCUCAUAUCGAAAGCCACCGUGAGUUUUAUUCACGUCUGUAAACUGAGAUCCCCUUUCGGGACUUUUCAGUCCUCGGAAUGGAAAUCCGACAGCUAUAUCAACGGCGUCCUGCAUCAGAAAGACAUACGGGAACACACUGGCUGCGUGAAUUCGGUCGAGUUGAACAAGUCCGAAGAUUUCCUCGCCAGCGGUCGGUCGACGUCCCUUUUCUUGUUCUUUACUUUGAAAUCUGCCUCUCACGUUACAUAUGGCCCUAUUUAUGAGAACUUUUGGUAUUCGUAGAGCUUAUUAACCAAAAUUACUUCAUUUCGUGAUUUUUGGAAUUACUUUUGAUUGCAAUUUCGACGGAGUUCAAGUACAUAGGCGAAUCGAGAAAGGGUAUCGCGAGACCAUCUGAGGUAUAUCGCAGGCUCUGAAGUCUCACUAUGGUAUCUCGAGAUACCUCUGAGGAUUUUGAGCAAAAUGAGAGGGUGUUGAGAGAGACUCUCAAGUACCUCCGAGAUGGCUCAGAUAUAGCUAAAAGGUAUGCCGGAGGUCUCACGAUAGACACCUUAUGGGGCCUUCACGAUCCAUUUUGAGAGGUACCUUUGUGGACACAUUAUUAUAUCUUCUCGAUUUGUCUAUGUUUCGAGUAAUUGAACAGAUACUCAAAUAGGUAGCGAGAAGUUUUCAAAAAACAACUUUCAGUUAUAGCCCAUUCCGCGCCAGCUUGUCACGCUUUUCUUUCCGCCAAAAGGCCAGGUCAAAUUUAACCAACUUCGCUUCAAUACCGUUGUUUCUUGCCGUUAUAGAAAUUUGAUCUAAAUUGGUAUACGGUCUUUUUUGUGAAAAGAAAAAAGUGACAAGCUGGCGCGGAAUAGGCUAUAUUAAUUGAUUGAGUAAAGCCAGAUGAUCUGAAAAAUGGUGUGACUUUUUUUUUAUAAAAAUUGCUAUUCAAAAAAAUCUUAAUUUUUUUCGAUUUGAGGGCUUUCGAAGUAUUUGGGUUUUCAUUUUCUGAUGUAAAGUCAAUGGAAAUGUAACGAAUUCUGAUUUUGAGUUAGUGAAGUUUUUUUUAAAUGCAGGUUCAAAAAAAUUAUAUUCUUGCUAUUUUUUUCUUCAGAAAUUUUUUUCGAAAGAGUGAGUGAAAUGAACUUAAUUUAUUUUAUGGAAUAUUAUUGAAUGAGGGUACAAUUUUCCAGGAGGAGAUGAUCAAAGAGUGAUCAUUUGGAAAAUGACGGACCUUCUCGGGGCCAAAAAACCGAAGCCUCUGUCCAUCAUGUCCGCCAAACAUCGCUCCAACAUCUUCGCUCAUGCCUUCUCCUUGGAGUUGACCAGUCCCACCAGUUUAUCGAUUUACGGGACUUUUCAGUGACAAAACUCUGUACUCGGGGGGCAACGACGGCGCCGUCUUGAAGCACGACAUCGAAACGGGCAAAUUGUGUCAUAAAUACCUCGACUAUUAUGCUGUCUACAACAUCGACGCCAACGUUCCUUUUUCUUUCUUUCUUCUAUCUUAUUUGAGGAUUUUAAUUGAAAAGAGACAUCCAUGAUGUUUAGCCUUUGAACGAAAACAUUCAUGAGAACUUUAGAGAGGAAUCGGGUCUCGGUGAUAAAAAAAAACCGAGCGUAAACUUCGAAAUGGAUCAUUAUAUUAUAAUAAUAUGUGGGUAGUUAUACCUCAUACAUAUUUCAGCUGGAAAGCUCAAAAUUUUACAAUCAAAGAUUUAUUUCUGAAUUGGCUCUUGUACGAUAUAACUAGUCUUUAGUCACCAGGGCUCAAAAUGGUAUUGUUUUCCAUUUUUUAUAAUUUUAUGUUUGUAAAUGAAGGAAAACUUCUUUUUGUUUUAAUCUACUCAAAAGCACCCAUUUUUGAGGCAAGAAAAAAAAAGAGUGGUUCAAGAAUUAUUUUCAGCCGAUCGACCUUCAUUCUUUCGGCGCUGCUUGUGCAAUAGAUGUGAUUUUGCUGGACAGUCGAGCUCCCGAGACAACCAACGUCAGCCAUGGUGAGUAUUCCCUUUUUUCCCUUUAGCCCGAAAGACUUCGCUUUUUUUGGUCACUUCAAAUGUUCCUUCAAAGCCACGGUUUUUGAACUAAAUUUCUCAACUUUUCUUUCACAACAAUUUUUUUGCUCGAAUAAGCUACUCGCCAUAAGUGGCAACAGCCUGACUUGUCUGCGUCUUUUUUCCCUCGGCAACGAAGUCAUAGAAACAUGAGAAUAGCACGAAAAUUUGAGGAAUCCGCCUAACAAGAAAAGAGCGUUGAGAAAUCAGGCUUUUUCAAGUUUCAACCAAAACGACAAGAUGGUAUGACAUUUUUUUUUAAUAGACAAUGAGCAUUCAAGCGUUAGGAAUUUUGAAGAAAUUUUUUUCAAGAUUCAAUAGUUUCAAUGAGAACUUUCUUUAAAGAGAAGUGGUUCGAGAAAGAAAUUUUUCUUGUUUUUAUUUUUUUUUUUCUCGGGGUUCACAGUUAAAUAAUCAAAAAUUUUAAGUACACGUGUAUGAAUCUUGAAAGUUAGUUAUGAGAUUGGUCAGAGUAGCCGUCUAGGGAUAGUGACGAAUAAUUGAUUGUCGGCAAUUUGUCCAUAGGGAUUUUAAAAUUUUUGGAGGGACCACGGCUUCGAAUCAGGAACAUAUAAUGUUCAGAUCCGUCGACGUCUUUCUACGCGGCCUCUUUCAAUCCGACGCACGCUCCGCUUCUCCUCGUGGCUGCAAGCGUGAAAGGCGUCCUCGUUUACGAUUUGCGCAACACGACCAAGUCAGCCAAAGAUCUGGAAAUCGAGACAAAUCUGCUUGAUUUGAGGCCUCUCAUCGAUUCGAAAAAGCUGUCCUCGGCUGGCGACGAAACGACGAAAUCGAACGUCGUCUUCGCUCGUUGGAACUCAACCGGAAGCGGAUUUGCCGUUCUCCAGUCCGGCUCAUAUCCUUACUACUACGAUGUGUGUAUUGAUUUCCUGGGUCUGUAUGUCGCCAGCAAAUGGCAGAAAAUAUGUUCAUUUCUCUUUUUUUUUUUCAAAUUUUCAAGCUACACAUGAUUUCAUUGAAAGAUUGAGUUUUCGACCUACUUAAACAAACAUAAUGUGGAAAUCUUUCGGCUCAUGGCUUUACAUGAUAAAAUGACUUCUCAGUCAUGGAGAACUAGAUUCAUUCAAUCUUAUUAUCAAAAAAAUCCUUUAGAAUUUUUCCACUUUUUUUCGGAUGAAUGGAGGUAAAUUCCACAGAAGAAAUACGCAGUGCUAUAAUUUUUAAAUGUGCGCCAAAAUGUAAAAAUUGUAAACACCCGCCUUUCAAGUGGAGAAGAAUAAAUAACAUUAGGAUAUAUGUCCUGUUGGAAAUAAGGAUCAAGUUUAUCGAUCUGUAUUUGUUUCGAGAAGAAGGAUUUGAGGAGGAUAUUUGCCAUUCACACGGGCAUUGGGGACAGGUCAUAGGUGCAGAGGGAAUUACAAGUACUUUUGAAUUGAUCAAUUAUAAUUAACCUUCAUAGUGAGAUAAGCUACCCAUAAGCUUAUUUCAAACGGGCCAACCGGAUAAUAUUUUUUUACUUUCUACUCUCUCAAAAAAGAUUGUCAGGUUUCACAGCCUGUCAGUUUCAAUUUUUAACUUCGACUCUUUUUCAGCUCGUCAAUAAUACUGUUGUCAAUUUCUGCGAUAAGCUUUACAACAACGAGCAGACGUUAAAAUCCAUCGAUUUCAUCAACGACGACACCAUCGCGACGGGAAGCGACAGUUUCAAGAUUUUCAUCUGGAAGAUCCCGAAUGUCGAGAAUGACGGUGCUUUUUCUGGAGGGAAGAUGUUGGAAAAGGAGUGUUUGCAGAGCGAGAGAAGAAUGUGAAGUCGAGAUCGGUGGAAUCGGCGACUCGAAUUCUCUACGGCCAUCGUUCCGUCGUCAACCACAUCAGAUACAGCUCCAUCAACGAGACUUUAAUUUCCUCCGGCGUAGAGAAGAUGAUCAAGGUCUAGCUUUAGAUGUGCAUGGUAGAAAGUCUGACGAGACUUCAUUAAAUGAGCUUCGUCGGAUAUACUUUCGAUUGGUCAUGCUUUUUCCACGGAUCUCUGAGGCAAUUUCCAAUCUCAGGCUUAGAAUAAUUGUGAUGAACUGCCAUUUUUUUUUCCGAAAAUCAUAUUCUCAUCCGCGGUUAUUACCUGGUGAAACUUGAGAUUGAGUUCUACAAAAAUAGGGUAAAAUUUUUUUCGAUAACAUCAUAAUAAUAAUAAUUGAAACUUAAAUUUGCAAUGGUUAAAAAAGUAUCAAGGUUGAUCAAGGCGAGUGAGAAUUUUUCAGUUUCGCGUAAAAUAAAAAUUAUAUUUUUCCUGUUGAGAGCCGGAGAGCUGCUUGGAAAAUCCGUUUUUCGUUUUCAGUGCUGGUCCAAGUACUCGAUCCCUGGAUCUUAUGAAAAACCCUACACUCGCGAGCCUGAACUCCGUCGCCGCGCCCGGAUUUCGCGCAGAGAAGAGGAGCCUCGCGAAGGAGACGACGACGGCACGGCGACGUUCGACGACGUCUUCGGCGGCAGCCACGAGACUUCUGAAGACGUCAACAUGCUCCGCUACUUCGACUCCUUGGUCCUCCGUUCUGGGGGUGGGUCUGCUCUCUUUUUACUUAUUUUCAUUGUUUUUAGCUUGAGCUUCAAACUGAUCAAGAUAAUUUGAGUUGAACCUUAUGGAGAGAAGGAUUUUUAUGAUUUUCGCCUUGACAGUAAGGGUAAUCGCAGUAGCCUUUGGUUGACCGAAUGAGUAGACUUAAAAAUAAAAACUAAAAAUCAACGACACAGUGCAUUUCUCUAUCACAGAGGUUUUUUUGCAGAAAUCUUAUUCCUGAUCGUCCUGUCAAGAUUUCCGAAAUUGAGGUAGAGCCCCUAAUUAGCUCACAAUCGAUAGAUGAGGCACACGUCUGAAUCACUUCUUUCGAAAUUAUUCAGCCAAAAAUUCUUUGAUUCCCUGAGUUGAAUUUCUUGUUCAAGUAAAAGAAAAUCGUUUUUGUGUAAAAACUUGAUUGAAAUUGCCGUCGCUAUUAAAGAUUCGAGUCUGGAAGGGAGGGCGAGGCUAUUGGAGGACAUCUUUGACCCUCGUAUUGUCAAUCGAGGUUAUUACCUCUAUUCACAGCUAUCAGGCUUUGCGAAAGUUGCUCGCGGUUCCAAUCGCCGACUUCAAAAGACCCCUAACUUCGCUUUAAACUCAUAAUAAUAGUUUAUUCACUGCCUUAAAAAAACAUUAGGUAGUAUAGAAAAAGUAUAAGUGAUCAACAUAUGAGAGGCAGAAGAAUAACAAUACGCGGGAAUGAGUCAACCCCAACGAGUUGACAGGUACCCGGAAGUAAGAAAUUUUUCACAGUAGACGAGAAGAGAUAUUUUCAUAAAAUGCUGGAAUCGGAGGAUUAUUCAAUUUGUUCCGAAGGGUUUCUGGGGUGACGUUAAAAUCUAAAUAUGAAGUUAAUUUAUUCCAAAGAGGAAUAGUUCUAGAAAAGUAGUCAUUAGAAAACUGACCAGUUGUCCGUAGUCGAAGUGGAUUUCUCUGUAACAGGGAUUGAGUGAAAUACUUAUUGCGAUCGAGACAGUGAUCAGAGCCACAAACAUUUUUAUGUAGGGUGAUUAUAUCACAAAUUUUACGGCGAAUGAAUGACGCUUUUAUAUCAAACUGAUUGAGGCGAUCGGAAUAAGAAGAGAAGCUCAUCAUUCUAAAAAAAAAAACAAAUAUAUAUCUUGAAAGAAAUACGAACGAAGACCUUUCCUUUUCUAAGUGAGAGUACCAGAAACCGUAAGAUCUUUUUGGGCAAAAAGAUAACUCGAGAUAUUUUCAGAAAUUUCCUUGAGAGAAAACUUGACUGAUUAUAUCAAUGAUGAGGAGGAGGAGGAGGAAGACGAUGACUACUUCGACAACGAGUUUGACGUCGACGAGGUGGACGAAGACGAAGACGACCUCGAAGAAAAUGAAGCCGACGAUGAGUUCGAAGACUCUGACGGCGAAACCAGGGGUUCUGAUAUUCUGGACGGUGCUCUCGACGAGGACAUCGCGGACCUUAUUAGCGCUCUCCCCGGUGGCUCUGCUGAAGUUCGUAUUUUUUUUUUAAAUAAAGAGAUCAACUUUACUGAAUUGCAUUCUGGUGUGAACUGGUUCGAUUCUGUUUUUUUUUUCAAAUUUUACGGUCGUCUCCCACGAGAGACUUUUGAAUUCUUCGCACCUCCUUCUUCUUCUUUUUAUUUGGCUUAGAAGAGGCUUUUUCAUAUUUCCGCAUAAAAUUUCUGAAAGAAAAAGCUUUCAAACUGCCUUAGUUUUAGAGAAUUUUAUCAGAAGUUUAAUUGCGGAAAGAUUUUGAGAAUCAUUAGAUCAACUCUUUGAAGGGGCUUUUUUGGUUCGAGAUUUUUGUCAGUUUUUCGAGUCCGUUACAUGAUCAGAAGCUUUUCUUUUAAUGAUUUGAAGGUUUCCGGAUAAAUUUCCUAACGCAUUGUCUUUGACAUUUUCAAAAAUUUUCCAAAAGCAACGGAUACAACAAAAAAAAAAUUACUCAAACACUCAAAUAAUGAGGGAGCCUAAGAAUUUUGGCGAGCUUAAAAUGACCGCUUCGCAGUCGUCAUUCAUGGCGAAGGAAGUAAGAGUAAAGAAGUUUUGGCAAAAGUAGUGGCCAGCCUGAUUUCUGAGGUAUUGAAAAAAUUUGGCGAUCAAUGGAAUACAGUUCCGAGAUCCUUGAAAAGACUCUUCCAAUCCCAAUCAUUGAAUCGAACUAUAACGAAACUUUAAAAAAUUUCCAGAAUGAGAGGAAUCUUCCGAACGACGAAUACGAAUCUGGAGACGACGACUGCGUGCAGCCUAUCCGGUCGUGGCCGCCGGAGAACUAA